AUGAAGGAUCUUCAUUCAACGCCUUUCCCUUCUCGUCACACCAGUCAAUGCGACUCCUGCAUUUUCCAGCAGCAUUCACUACGCAGUCCAGACUUUAGUCAAGCCCUGGUUGGAGGACAGAAGGGCUACCAGACCUACCGGGAUCUACCAUGGGAUCUUCAAAAAAUACAUCAACCAUCCAUCAAAAUAAGACAUCUCGAACCGUGGAAAAUUGCUCUAAUUGUUAUUGGAACAGCAUUGGCAGCAGCCAUCACCAUUGGUCUCCUAGUUUAUUUUCUGGCAUAUGAUCAGAAGCUCUUCUAUUACAGUGGCAACAUAAAAAUCACCAACAUCCAGUACAGUAAUGAAUUGUCCAGACAGACCUCAGGAAGGUUUAGAGACCUGAGCGAGAGAGUUGAGCGACUGAUGGACAAGACAUUUCACAAUUCCAUUUUAAGAAAAAAGUACAUCCGCUCACGCUUAGUCAGAGUGAGUCCAGAUGCUGAUGGUGUGGUGACAGAAGCUUUGCUCACAUUCUGGUUCUCUGCCACGGAUUGCAAAGAAGCACUGCGCAAAAGAGUUGAAAGGAUCUUAUGGAGGGGCCUGAAAAAAUACACUGGGCCCCUGCGAAUAGAUGUCAGAUCUUCUACUGUCUCAACUGUGGAGAGGAGAAGAGCAGAAGCAAUCUUCAAUGACAUCUGCGGGUUACGACAGAAUAGAUCAGUCAAGUCAAUAGCAAAAGCAACAUCCUUGAGAAUAGUUGGAGGAUUGUCUUCUGCAGAGACUGGAGACUGGCCGUGGCAAGCUAGUUUGCAGUACAAUAAUGUCCAUCGCUGUGGUGCAACGCUUAUCAGCAAUACUUGGCUUGUAUCUGCUGCUCACUGCUUCAGAGAAAUGAGUCACCCUCACAAGUGGACUGCUACUUUUGGAGCUCUUUUGAAGCCACCAACCUUGAAACGAUCAGUCAAGACUAUUAUUAUUCACGAAAUGUACCGCUACCCAGAACAUGAUUAUGACAUUGCACUUGUGAAGCUCUCUAAACAAGUUGAGUUUACGAGUAACAUACACCGUGUUUGUCUGCCUGAGCCAUCUCAGACUUUUCCAUAUAAUAUUUAUGCUGUCAUCACAGGCUGGGGAGCACUUACCAAUGACGGUCCCACUCCUAAUGCUCUUCAGGAAGCAACAGUGAAACUUAUUGACUCGGACACUUGCAACAAAAAAGAAGUGUAUGAUGGGGACAUAACACCCAGGAUGUUGUGUGCUGGGUACUUAGAAGGAGGAGUAGAUGCUUGUCAGGGAGACUCUGGGGGACCACUGGUUACUCCAGAUUCUAGACUGAUGUGGUACCUCGUGGGAAUAGUGAGCUGGGGAGAUGAAUGUGCCAAGCCAAACAAACCUGGAGUUUAUACACGAGUGACUUAUUUCCGUGACUGGAUUACCUCAAAAACUGGCAUCUAA